CUUCCUGUUAGAGAUUCUAUGCCCUACUCGGGUGACGUUACUAGGAAUAGCUACUACUAAGCACUUAAGACGUGAAGCGUUUGCGUUAACAAUUUCACAAUGGCCUGUGCAGUUGCCUUGCCUUGCUCCGCCCUGGCUACCAAGUUUAAGGGCGACUCUGCUGAGUUACUUGAUAGGCUUGUUGAGGUCUGCAAUACUGUCAUGGUCCCCAACAACGCCAAGGUUGUCGAGCGCGAGUUGCUUCCGUUCUGCUUUGACAACGCUCCUCCGCUUCCCAAGGCUGGCCCGCGCUCUCCUCCCAAGGGCCGUUCACCACGAUGCUCGCCGCCAAAGCAGCAAAAGGCUUCGGGCGGCGUUUCUCCGAGCGGUUCUCGCAGGGGUGGCGUAGCUUCCUGCGCUUCUUCGCCAAGCCACAGUUCUCUGGACGGCAGCUGCUAUCGCACGCCAAAGCAGCCUGCCACAAACAACCGCUUCACUUCUCUGGAGUCAGCUGACGACCUUGCCCGUGUCCUGCGGGCCCCAGGCGUCAUGGUCCCUCCGGCGUCGGUUUCAGUUCGCGCGUGCCCUGGCUUCUUUUCAAGCCCGAGGCCUUGUGACAUUCCUAUGCCAACAAGCACGCUGCUGGUCAAGGCUGCGCUUGUGAAGGCCUAAGCUCACGGCUCGAGAGUAGAACAAUGUUCAAGAAUGAUGUUAGCUUACAUUUUACAAUUCGUCUGGUGCCACCUGGAGAUUCGCGGAGAGCGCCUUCGAGACUUGCUGCUAACCAUCGCUGCGUUGCCUUAGGUAACGGCAGCCCAGGCAAGCUCUUCGUUCGCGUAAUGCUGCAGCCAUGCGGUUUGCCGUUUGCAGUAUUCGCUUCGUGUUGGCUGUUGUGUGGCGUUCUAAGGAGCGGGGUUGCCGGUAUUGCCUACUUUCGUCUUUUGAGGAGCUCUUACUGCAUAUGUCGCGCGGCAGCAGCUGUACGGUGGUGAAUCUGGCAACCGCAACCCUGUCCGCUAGUUGGUUCUUCAGCAGUGCUGCGGUGGGCUGGGGUCGGUAGGCUGCGAUAAGGCCUUGUCGGCCACCAUUUCCCGGCGUUCACUGGCUUGGUUGGAUGCUAUAUUGUUACUGUCGUGUGUUCGUGGAUGACCUUGUGCCAACAGUCGUUGUACAUACAUCAUCGUUUGACUCUGUUAUACAGCAUCAGUUGUUUGCCGUGCACCUUCUACGUGUAGGCUAAGCUGGUGCAUUUUUGCAAGUCGCCUCUGCAGGAUAGGAAUGGGCGCGAGUGUUUAUGCUGGUUGUCGCGGACUGUUCAGAUGUGGGGUACAACAUGUUCGCAACUGUUGCUGCGUGCGUGCAAUGUUUACCCGGAGCAUGUAUGGUCAGCAGCCAUCAGCGUCUUGACUUCAUCCCCGCGGCCUGCAUAUACCUUGUUGCCGUCCUAGGCCUGCCAUUUAUGUGGCGUGGCUGUGACUUAAUUGAUUUUUUCUAUGACCCUUGGUAGCUUAAUGCUUCAAGGGAGCGAGCCCGGUUGGGCCCAGACAUGAACUUCCUGCGGGGGCCUAGAAACCCGGUUGGCUAAGGAAGACGUCAAUGUUGCCGGCCGCGUGCGCGUGGUCGACUAGUUUGACUUAGCUUACUAGGGUUGCCCAGCAGGCGACUUCCAACUGUGUCUUUUAUUAGCCCUGCUGUCGAUCCCUCGACAUCUGACACUGUUUUGGUUUACAACUCAUUACAAGCUGCGAUUUGUGUGCUUGUCAUGUACCCGGUCUUGUAGUCGCCCGUCCUGGUUCGCUACUUGGCAUGGGAGUUGCUGCAGGGGAGUGUUGCUUAUGAAAAGCUGAUGCUUUGCCGAUUUGAGAGAUGCGCGUGUUGUUGCUGUCGUUUGGUGCUCGUGAGGAUGCCUUGCCAUGUGUGCCUGGCCCGCUUUUUACAAGGGCAUUUGGCGC